CUUGGACGCACAAUGGAAGCAAAUGAGAUGAGAGAGACAAGAAUUAACUUAGGUCAUUAUUCGGUAACGAUAAACGACAAUUCGCAGAUAAGCCAAUUCUAAUGACAGUAACCCUUUUUACCAAGUUUUACGCCCACGACUGAUACCUAUUUUGAAGUUAACUUUGAGUGAUUGUGAAACGUGUGUUCGGAAAGUAAAGUGUGUCAAGUUUCGCUCAUGCUCCUUAUUUAUGUUUUUACUUUUGGAAUUUUUUAUUUUGUGUAAGUUAAUAAAAAAACGUGUCCAGGCCUAAUCGAUAAAUUUCAAGUUCCAUCUUAUUAGUGCCUCGGGUAACGGUUCAUGUGUCAAUGUAACCUGCGGCAGCACUGCCGCCUCUUUAGUAAUUAACCAAACAAAAUGGACACCGAAAUAACGAUUAAGCGAAUACUCGUGCAAUUGUUUUAAGUGAAAUCUUCGACAGCAUGGAAUCGCCGAUUAUUAAGCCGUGAAACAAGAAAGUGUCAAAGAUGGGCACGCUAUUGAAUAUAGAGAAGAUUGUUCGAUAUUCUCUUGAGCCUGAGAUGGAGGCGAAGAGUCGUGCAGCAUAAAGACAUGGAAGCGUACGACCUGUUUGGAGAAGAUGUCAGUGGCUCAAUGCUCGAUGCUCUUCCUGAUCUUGGGGGGAACGAUCAUUUUGACCCGGCAGGUGCGAACAAUUCUGUCGUAGUGUCUAGAGAUGGUCCCAAUCCUGGUCCCAAUGGAGGCGGGAGUUACAUCAGUCAAUCGUAUAUUACUCAAGAAUCUCCUCUACAAAAAUUGACUUCGUUCGGUGGAUCUGAAUUUGGUAGUAAUAACCCUCUGCAAAGUCCCUCGCAGCGUAGUAUGUUCAAUCAAAAUCUCGGUACCUUCGACGCCGGAGCUCCUCAGCGGGCAAUGGUGCCCGGAGCCUUUCAAAAUCAAGCGCGUAGCUUAGCGCCUCAGCACAGAGGUCCUCAUCCCGGCACUGGAGGACAGUAUCCAACCUAUAGUGACAGUAUGUACUCGAUGGAGCAGCAGCAUCCCAUGGCCAGAGCGAACAUAAGCAUGGAUCCUGCUAUGCAAGGCUGGCCGGGAGCGGGAACCACUUAUCCACAAAUGCAGAGGCAUUACAACCAAAUGGCCCCACAACCCGGUACUUAUAGACAGCACAUUCCUCAAUAUAGUCAUCAGCAGGAUCAGAGCGGGAUCAAUCAGAAGAUACAGCAGCAACAGCAACAACACUUCUCUGCUCAGCAAGGAAUGAUUAGCAACAUGGGUGUCCCGCACCAGUCAAUGCAAACCAGUGCUGCGAGUGGAGUUUAUCAGCACAUGGUUGGGCAGCAGCAGCAACACUAUCAACAGAGCAACCCAGCUGCAAUGUACCAAACGUCAGCCGGCUACACAGGUUUCGGUACUGCUAUGCAUCAACAACCUCAACAGCCUCAGCAACAACCACAGAGAAUGCCCCAUCAUCAUCCGUCCCACGCUCCUCAUCAAACUCACCCCUCGCAUCAACAAUACCCACAACAUGCCCAACAUUCGGUCACCCAACAACCACCCAUGGAUCCUCAAUAUCCACAUCAUUCGCCUCAGAUGUUCAACCAACCUCAACACUCCGCACCCGGACCUCAAUUCGGCACCAGCAAACAUGCCACGAGCCCUCAAUACAGAGCCUCUUUUCCUCAACUCUCCCCACAGAUGUCUCCUAGACCUCAAAUGUCCCCGAGACCACCUCCAGUUCAGCAACAGAUGUCACCUAGGCCAAUAAUGUCUCCUGCUAAACCCACCACACUCUCGCCUCAUCCUCACGUACAAAUGCCGCACCAACAGCAGGGCCAACCUGGCUCCGUGUCCGUCUCACCAUGUCCUCCCAACUCGAUGCCAAUGAAUCCAUCCGCCUCAUCGCAGCAAACCACUCUCCAAGCUCUGGAGCAAAUGGUAAUACCAGGCGUCGCCGUUUCGAAUCCUAACGUGCCAAGUCAGGAUUACGGCCAGUUCCAGCCUCGACCUCCAAUGUCGCAUGCUUCGAAUAUUUUACCGCAACCUACUGCACAAAACUCGAUGCCACCCGUGACAGGUCCGAGGAUGCCGAUGCCUCAACAGUGGCCUCAUCCUCAGCAACAACUAUCGCCAAUUAGACCGAGUAUGAACGUCGGCGACACGAGGACCAUGAUGGAGUCUCAACCGCCUACCUCGGAACAAAACUCCUCUAUGUUCCCUGUAAAUGGCAACGACAGUAUUCAUAAUGUAGUUGAAACGACAACGAGAGAUUCCAGGGAUUCAGAAAUCGCGCAAAGUUCGGUUGCACCCUCUGCGCCAGAGAGCAGUGAGACAUCUGAACAGAUGCAGAGCUCUGAUGUACUCGCACCGCAAGAAAGCUCAACUCCAAACAAUCCUCCGAAUCCACCAAUGGAACAACCUCAGAAGCCGGCUCACCUUGAGCCAGUGCAAUCUUUGCCAGUUUCGAGUACAAGUAGCAAUUUAGAAAGUGGUAACGAUUCGCCACAGCUGCAAUCUCUUCAGCAGCAACACACUCCAAGGCAGGAUUCACCUGCACCGAGUGUUGAAAGCAAAACACCCGAUCAAAGCGAGCAGAGUACUGAAGCUCCUGUAACGCAACAGAAUCAACAGAGUCAGCAACCGUCUCAACAGAAUCAACAAACAUCUCAACAAUAUCCAAGUUGUCCAACGCCACCGCAACAACAACUCGUUUCUCAGACUUCACCUCAGCAACAGCAAAUCUGUCCCCAGGUGCCAAUGCACAUAAGUCAACCUCAGAUCGUGCAACAAUCUCAGCAACCGCAACCAACCGCGGGCCAACAGCAACCUCAACAAUCGCCACAGAUUUCGCAAACUCCUCCAAUGAGCCAAGCUCCAACACAGAUGAGUCAAGCCCAACCACAGAUGGGCCAACCUCCAACGCAAAUGGGCCAACCCCCAACGCAAAUGAGCCAACCCUCAACGCAAAUGAGUCAAUCCCCAACGACACAAAUAAGCCAGUCUCAGCCAAUGAGUCAAACACAGCCUAUGAGCCAAUCUCAGCCUCAAACACCAUCGCAAAUGCAAGCACCACCUCAACAGCAGCCAAUUCAACAGAUGCAACAGCCUCCUAUAAGUCAACCUCAGCAAAUAGCGCCAAUGACGCCACCUUUACAAACUCAAAUCGGCCAGGCUCCACCUCAACCAGUAUUAGGCGAAUCUCCUCAACAUCAACCACAAUUAAUGACUUCUCAAGCACCAACGCUCAUGGGACAAAAUCAGCCUCAUAUUCAACAGGUGAACAUGAUCCCACCUAAUAGUUCGAUGAUCCCAUCUCAAAUUCAUCAAACGAUGCAACCUUUAAUGCCAACUCAGACGCCACCGAUGCAGAGUCAGCCAACUUCUGUUCCUCCAACGCAUCUCGGAGCUCAGCCGAUUCCUCCAGUACCACAACCUAGUGGAUUAGUGAUGCCACCACAUCAAACUGCCGUUUCCUUGCCGAACACUCAACCUCCACAUCCAGUGCAGCCGAGUUUUGGGGAGUAUACGAAUAUUCCAAAGCCUAGCAUGUACCCGAAUGACAUGAUGGUUGGCAGUGGACAACCCUAUCAUGCUGGCAAUGAGGUCGUUGGCAGCACUGGAAUGCCAAAUAUGUAUGGACUUCCGCCAGGAGCAACAUCGACGCCAAUUCCUCCUGUUGCUUUUAGUCCAUUAGCUCCCGUUACGCAUCAUCAGGAGAGAGCUGCCUUGCAACAGCAAUUGCAAGAACUUUAUUGUAUGCCACCAGCACCAGAGAAUCAGGAGAAAAUUGUUAAUCUUCAGGAGAAGCUGCAGGCUCUUCAACAACAUGAAACUACUGAACAGUGCAAUGGAGGACCGCAGUGCAUUCUUCUUACGCCGAUGUUCACGGCUGCUGCCGUCGUUGACAGUCCACAGGUAUCCAGUACAACUGGUCGGGGUCGCAGCAAAGGAACGCCAAGGACGAAGAAAAGCCGAAAGAAAGCAGAUAAGGAGGCAGCACCUCCUGUUGCUGCUUUAACUCCCCAAACCGAGCAGCCUUUAUCCGAUAAUCUAGUCACUCCAGGAGACAGUAGCAAUGUAGUAGACAGUGCAGCCGACUCUGAAGACAUAAAACCCUCUUCUGGUGACAUUGAAGAGGAAUGGAACAAGACCAGAAAAUCGCGGCAACCCAGGAAACCGCGUAAGCCUAAGGAACCCAAGGAGCCGAAAGAACCUAAACCUAAAAAGGAACCUAAAGCUCCAAAGGAAGCAAAACCACCCAAGGAAGCCAAGAUCAGGAAGAAGAAAGAAAAGGAGGUUAAAGAAGGAACUAAACGUAGCAAGAAGAAAGGUGUUCAGGCCGAAUCUACAGAUGAUGCGCUAGAAGAUGUCGCCGUGAGUGAUUCGACCACGGUUCAAGAUUCUGAUAUUAAACCUAGCGAUUCUUCAUUGCAAGAUGAUAAUGAGCAAGUCGACUCUUCUACGAAGGAACCUUUAGGUUCAGAAUCCAAGGACGAAAAUGAUGAAAAAGCGGAAUCUGGGGAUCAUAGCGAUUCUAAGAAAGAUGAUGGCAAAGAUGCAUCUGCUGAUGCAGCCACUCCUGCGAAGAAGAAAGCUGCGAGCCGAAAGAGACCAUCGGGUGGAAAAGCUUCCAUUGGCAAGUCUCCUAGAAGUUCAAAAAAACGAAAGAGUCGUAUCGCUCCAGACUCUGACGGGGAAGAACUAGCAACGACACCACCUCCCUCUCCGGAAGCAGGCGAUGAUCUAAACAAGAGGCGAUCAGCAAGAAAUACUCAUCGAAAGAAGUACGUUGAUGAUGUAAUGCUUCGAUUCUCCGAUGACGACGUCCCUAUUCAAGAUUCUCAAGCCACUAAUAAGAAAAACGAGUCUUCUAGUGGUGGAACUGCGAAGCUAGCUGCUGUCAAAAAAGAACAACCCGUCGAAGGAGGUGAAGUCGGACCCAACAAGCCAAACUUUGUAUAUAUCAAUACUACUGACGAGGAUUCCAUGGUUGUUCAACACAUUUUGUGUGUGCGAGUGGGAAAAAGGCAGGCGAAGCCUGAGCCAAUACCUGAGAUAAAAAUUGAACCUGUUGAAGAGAAGACUGAAGAAACCGACGAGGUAAAGUCUGAAGUAGAUGAUAAAGAGGCAGAGACAGCUGUAGAAAAGACUGUAGAAACCCCUAGCGAAGAGAUAAUUAAAGAAACCGAACCGGAUGAUAAUGAAAAGGUCGAAACGACGGAGAAAGCAAAAAGCGACGAUGAAGAAGAAGAAGAGGAGGAAGUUGAAAAGAAAGAAACGAAGGAUGAGGAAGAAGCCGAAGAGGAAGGCGAAGAGGAUGUAGAAAAUAAAGGUGAAAGCAAAACUCCUGCUGUCGAGCCACCGAAGGUUGACACGAGUCUGGUUGAACCGAGUCUGGUUGAUACGAGUCUUGUUGAAGCUAAACCACAAAUGGUAGAUGUUGACGAGUAUUACGUUAAGUACAGGAACUUUUCGUAUCUUCACUGCGAGUGGAAAACGGAAGAAGAACUGUACAAGGGCGAUAAGAGGAUCCAAGCUAAGCUAAAGAGGUUCAAGCAGAAACUUCAGCAGAGCACUAACAUUUUUGAGAAUACGGAAGACGAUCCCUUCAAUCCAGAUUUUAUAGAAGUUGAUAGAGUGUUAGACGAAGCUACUCAUACCGAUCCGACAACUGGGGAAACGCUCAGGCAUUUCUUGGUCAAGUGGCGUUCUCUUCAAUAUGAAGAUUCAACUUGGGAAUUGGAAGAGGAUGUUGACCCUGAAAAGAUAACACAAUUUCACAAAUUCAACAAAUUGCCACCAAAGGAUCAGUGGAAGCCAAAAAAGAAGCCACCUGCUUCUGCUUGGGUGAAAUUGGAAGAGUCUCCAAUCUAUAAAGGCAACAACAGUCUCAGGCCCUACCAAUUGGAGGGUUUAAAUUGGUUGCUCUUUUCUUGGUACAAUAGCCACAACUGCAUACUCGCUGAUGAAAUGGGUCUUGGAAAGACUAUCCAAUCUUUGACAUUCGUCGAAGCUGUUCACAAAUACGGAAUUCGAGGACCGUUUCUUAUAAUUGCUCCUUUAUCUACAAUUCCGAAUUGGCAGAGAGAAUUUGAGGGAUGGACAGACAUGAACGUGGUUGUUUACCACGGAUCGGCUGCGAGUCGAACAAUGUUGCAAGAGUACGAAGUCUACUACAAGAACGAAAAGAAACAACCGAUAAAAGACCUAAUAAAGUUUAAUGUAUUGAUAACUACAUUCGAGAUAAUCAUAACCGAUUUUAACGAACUGAAAGGCUACAACUGGAGACUCUGCGUCAUAGACGAAGCUCACAGACUGAAAAACCGGAAUUGCAAAUUGCUAGAAGGACUCAGACAAUUAAAUUUAGAACACAGGGUACUCCUUUCGGGAACGCCCUUACAAAACAACGUCAAUGAGCUCUUUUCGUUGCUCAAUUUCCUAGAACCCCUACAGUUCUCGAGUAGCGAGGCUUUCCUCAAAGAGUUCGGCAACUUGAGUAGUGAAGGCGAAGUGCAAAAACUGCAACUUCUCUUAAAACCGAUGAUGCUCCGUCGACUUAAAGAAGACGUGGAAAAAUCACUCGCGCCUAAAGAAGAAACUGUUGUCGAGGUUGAAUUAACGAACAUUCAGAAGAAAUACUACCGCGGUAUAUUAGAGAGAAAUUUCUCGUUUCUUGCUAAAGGCACGACUUCGGCGAACAUUCCGAAUUUGAUGAACACGAUGAUGGAGUUGAGAAAGUGUUGCAUUCAUCCCUUUUUGCUUAACGGAGCCGAGGACCAAAUCCAGUUGGAUUAUAAACAAGAAAAAGAAGACAACGAAACUUAUUUCAAUGCUUUAGUAAACAGUUCGGGAAAAAUGGUGCUAAUCGACAAAUUACUGCCAAAACUGAAAGCCAGUGGACAUAGAGUUCUGGUAUUCAGUCAGAUGGUCAAGUGCUUGGACCUCUUAGAAGAUUAUUUACUUCAUAAAAAGUAUCCUUACGAAAGAAUCGAUGGGCGCAUCAGAGGAAACUUGAGACAGGCUGCGAUUGAUCGAUACAGCAAACCGGAUUCUGAUAGGUUCGUCUUCUUGCUUUGCACAAAAGCAGGAGGUCUUGGGAUCAAUCUCACAGCAGCAGACACUGUAAUUAUUUAUGACAGUGACUGGAAUCCACAGAAUGAUUUACAAGCUCAAGCUAGGUGUCACCGAAUUGGACAGCAAAAAAUGGUCAAGGUCUAUCGUUUACUUUGCCGUAAUACAUACGAAAGAGAAAUGUUUGACAAAGCUUCUCUCAAGCUUGGUCUUGAUAAGGCAAUUCUACAGUCGAUGAACACUAGUCAAGGUGGCAAAGAUCCAGGCAACAAGCAAUUAACGAAGAAGGAAAUCGAAGACUUGCUGAAGAAAGGAGCCUAUGGUGCGAUAAUGGAUGACGACAAUGCAGGAGAUAAAUUCUGUGAAGAAGACAUUGACCAAAUCCUGGAGAGAAGAACGCAAAUUAUUACGAUAGAAGCGGAGAAAGGAUCGACUUUCUCGAAAGCCAGCUUUGCCUGUUCAUCCAACAGGUCUGAUAUCAAUAUUGAUGAUCCUGACUUCUGGAAGAAGUGGGCCAAAAAAGCGGAGAUUGAUACGACUGAAAAGAAAGAGGAGGAUGAACUCGUGAUUUCCGAGCCAAGACGAAGAACACAGAUAAAACGUUAUGGUCAUGACGAAUCGGUUGUCGACAUGUCAGAACUUGAUAGCUCCGAGGAGAACAGUGACGAUGAAACUGGAGGUGGUUUGACAGGUAGAGGAAAGAAGCGACGAGACAAAUUCAAUAGGAAGACUCGCAAGUUCUACGACGAAUACGUGCCGCGUGAAGGUGAAGUCGUUUAUGGAAGUUGGGCACGAAGCGAGUGUUUCAAAGUGGAACGUGGCCUCCUAACAUUUGGUUGGGGUCGAUGGGAAGAAAUUUUGCAGCACAGUCAAUUCCGCAGAGGGUGGCGUGACAUCGAUGUUGAGGAUUGCGCUCGUGUGAUUCUCUUGUACUGCUUGAGAUAUUAUCGCGGAGACGAGAAAAUUAGAAACUUUAUUUGGGACCUGAUCACCCCCCUCGAAAAUGGAGAAAAAGUCAAGACAAUCCCUGCGAAUUCUCCCGGGAGGAACAGUAGGCAAAAGAAGAAGAGUCGGGUCAGGGAAGGCAGAGAGACAAGAGGAGCGAUUGUCAACGGCGGUCCUAGUGAUCCGAAUCACUGGAGUCAUGCUGAGAAGUACGAUGGUGAUAUUUUCCUCGAGAGCAAUUAUAAAAAGCACCUGAGUCGACAUGCGAACAAAGUUUUGUUACGGGUGAGAAUGCUGUAUUACAUCAAGCACGAGAUCAUCGGAGACUUGGUCCAACACAUCUCGGAUGGUGUUCACGUGAGUGCGUUGCGGAUAAAUACUCCAGAAUUGGCAGACCAUCCAAGGAAAUGGUGGGAUUCUACGGCAGACAAAUCCCUAAUUGUGGGUUGCUACAAACACGGCUAUGAGAAUUACGACCAGAUGAGGAUCGACCCCGCGCUUUCUUUCAUUUCAAGCUGUCCUCCCCCUUCCCAGAUACAGACCACUCAAUCUGUAGAGGAGAGCAGUUUAGAGAAUGAAAUUGAAGAAGGCGAAUCUUCUGGAAUGAUGAAGGACUGCAAGGACUUGGAUAAAUACGGAAGAGUUACUCCAGCAGACUCGCCAGCUAUAUCCAGCAAAGCUGACACGCCAGUUCCCGAAGCUGGUAGUAGUCAUGAUGGCAACGAAGGUAUCAUGGAAGAUGAAAAGAGCUGGCCCUCAGUUGUCGAUCUUAAUACUCGUCUGCGUCGAGUCAUCACUUCCUAUCAACGAAGCGUUAAAAAAGAAGACGUAAAGACCUUUCCAAAAGGUAAAAUGGGAGAAGGAGAAACCAGCAAUCACCAAGCGACUAUGAUGGAACCUCCUUUGAAUAUGCAAGGCUGGGAUUUACAGCAACUCGCUAUGUACUUGUUGAAAAUGGAGAGGAGGGAAAAAAUGGAAGCGAUGGUGAAAGAGAGGGAACGAUCUCGUAUCGAGGAGCAGAAAACAAAGUGGACUCGGCGAGAAGAAAGCGAAUUUUUACGUGUAGUUUCUACUUAUGGAGUCAAUUAUGAUAGAAAGAAGGCUCAAUACGAUUGGACGAAAUUCAAAAGUAUCGCUAGGUUUGACAAAAAGACAGACAACGACCUCACGGAUUAUUACAUGUCUUUUAGAGCAAUGUGCAAGAAGGUUUGCAGUACAAAACUCAACGAAGACGAAGAUUUAACAGAAAUGACACUGGACCACAUAAGUCCGAACAAGGCGCGACAAAUUCUCGAGCGAGUCGACCUCCUAAGCAAAAUUCGAGAAGAUAUUCUCUCGCAUCCUCACUUGGAAGAGAGACUUUCGCUCUGUCAACCCUCAGCAGAUACGCCCGAUUGGUGGCAGACAGGAAAACACGACAAAGAACUUCUGCUUGGAGCUGCGAAACACGGAUUGGGUCGAACCGACAUUACAAUUCUCAACGAUCCUGAUUUCUCUUUCCAUAAGAUCCUGGGCAAGAGUAUCUACAAUAGUGUCCAAGCAGCCAAAAACUUCGAUAAAGUAGAGAAAGCAAUUAAAAUAGAAAACAGAGAAGACAUCCUUAAAUUUGACAAAGACGAGAUCCUUGUCAAGCUCGAGAAGGGUGAAGGAACUUUAAAGAUCGAGAAGGUCGGCAUCAAGAAAGAUAAAGACGCACAAUCCUCAGAGAAAAAAUCCGAAACCUGCAGUAGUGAAAAAGGUCAAGUAGAGUUGACACUCGUGAAGGCCGAAAAUUUUGCAGAAAGUAAAAUGGAGGAUAUUGUGGCCAAUAAUGGAUUGACUAUUACUACUGUUAAAGCAAAGUCUCCUGAAAAAGAAAUACCUGCGAAGGAGGAAGUUGAAGAAGAAAAAACUUCCGAACCUCCAGAAGAGGAAGAGAAAGAAAUUGAAAAAGAAAUUGAGAAGGAGAAAGAAACGGUUCCAGAGGAGAUAGAAACUACAGCUGAAGUUGAAGAGGAGACUAAAGCAGAAGAAGAGAAGGUUGCGGAGGCGGAAAAAGAGGAAAAGGAGGAGUCAGAAGAUCGAAAGGAACCGCCUGUUAAGAAAGAAGUAGAAAUGGAAGUAGAAGAAAAAGAGAAAGAAGUCGAGAAACCUGAAGUUCCAGUCGAGGCGAUUCUCAAAGAGGACGAAGAGAAGGAAACUGAAAAAGAGGAAGUUAAAGAAGAUGCAGUAAAGGUCGACAGCACUGAUGAAACUCUUAAAGAAACAAAAUCUGAGGAUACAGCCAAAGUCGAGGAAACUCCCAAGGAGGAUCCUAAAAUUCCAGAAGAAAAGGAGGUCGAAACUAAAGAAAAGGCUCCACCUAAAAUCGAAGACAAAUGCAGUGUUCAAGCUGCCGAACUUAAGGCCAUGUUCCCUGACUUGGAGGUCAUCCAGCCUCUUUCCAGAUUAACGCAGAUCGACACGUUUGUCCUCAGAGAUAAAACGAUCGAUUACAGUGAACCUACAGUCGCUCAACUGCUCGCCCAUAGCUACCAAUCGUCGAUAAAGUGGCCCAAGGAACACGCGAUCGAAGCUCGUUUAAGGCACAUCGUUCACGCAAUUGAACAUAAAGAAUGGCCCGUUUCCGUAAACUUCACGGCAGGUGAUGAAACAGAGAUUAUUUCGAAUGAGAAGGACAAUUCGGAAGUAAUCACGAUAACAACUGAUCAUGGCGUGUCACGAUCUCUUGCUGCGGCGAACAAUAUUUCUGCAGCGAAGAAACGAAAGAGGCACAUCGCUAUCGACGUGGAAACUGAAAGAGCAAAGUUGCAUGCACUGCUUAACAGUAGUCAUAUGACUUCUCAGCCUCCGACUGCCCUCAGCAAGCCGAUACUUUCGAGUUCCAAUUGGGAAGCGAAUGACGAAUCUCAAUCUGAAGAAUCGAGACGAUCGACUCCAGUACAACCACCACCGGCUCAUCAGCAAACGAGGGCUCCAGCAAUACCUUUUGAUCUGAAGUACACCGUGCCUGGCAAAACGACUGUCAUCCCGGGAACUUCGAGUACUUUGACGCCCAUCGAUUUAUCCGCUGGAUAUCCUAAAGCAGCCACAGAAACUAAUAAAGACAUGAUGAAUGAAGUUCAAGACUUCUCCAUGCCAAACAAAAAUAAACAAGCCAGCAGUAACAAGGGGAAACUAGACAGCAUGCUGGACAAGUUAAUGAAACGAAAGAAUUGCCCAACCGACGAACCCGUUGUUGGGAAGGAGAAGAAGCGACGAAAGUUGGACGAGAUAGUACUAGGUUUAAGUGCCGCUAAAGAGCAGCAGAGUAGUCACUACCCGGAGCAGGGGAAGAAAAGCACAAUCACGCCGAACGUGACGGUAACGCCAACGUCGGCACCAAUCGGUCUUCCCAAUCCCCCGGCUGCAUCUCAAAAGCCGUUUUCAAUUACUGUUACGUCAAUUCCGUCAUCCCGAGCUUCUGGCUCAUCUUCAGGUGUACCGCCACCCUCUCUACAUUCGCACAAAGAUAGUUUCUCCGCUCUGUUCGCACAGGCGGAACAGCAAAAUCGCGAGCUCGUAAAGAAACAACAGCAGCAGCAUCAACAACAUCAGCAACAGCAGCAGCAGCAACAACAGGCCUACAAUUCUGUUCACGCGUCCUCCUCGAGUCAUAGAAAGAGUUACGAGGCGAUGAUUGCCGAUAUUAAUAAGGUUGCGGAAUACUCUUCGAAAAUAGGAUCUUAUUCUCAUGAAGCUAAAGUUAAUAAGUGGCUUGCGGAACAAACCGCAAUGUCGGAACAGCUCAAUGCUGAGUAUCUGAAUGCUCCCAGAAGAAGAAGGCCACGUGUUGAUCCUUCAGCGCUCAACUGGAAAAACCUCACUGGAGAGGAAAAUGUCGCGGUUAUGAAUCGAUUGACUGGAAAGAAGGUUACCGGAAGUAAAGCUCCGCAGUUGAAGCGCCUAGGACAGUGGCUCAUGGAGAACCCAAUGUUCGACGUGGAUCCAAAGUGGGCGGAUCUCGUAAAAGAACGCGGCAAUCUUCCACACGAUCUUCAAAAGAGGCUAUCCGGCUCUGACAGAGGUGGUGGAAGCAACAAAGGCAAGAGUCCCGGACGACCACCAAUGAUGCCGAGUCCUACAAGCCAGCAGUCAAGCCAGCAUCAAGCAAAUCUCGCAGCGACAUCAAUGGCCUCCAGCCUAAACUUCCCCUCUCUUUCAACCAUCAACAGCUCUCUUCUCUCCGGGCUCUCGCUUGGCAACUUUGACCCCAAGAACAAUCCUCUCUUGAUGCCCUUCGGCGGUUUGCCCAACCUCGGCGCUUUAGGAGGUUUAGGAAACCUUGGAAACUUGAGUAAUAUGAGUCUCACGAACUCGCUCUUUGCAAACCUAGCCGGUCUCGGUUUGCCCUCAUUAGCGGGAAUGGAAGCAGCACUCGGGGCAACUGCAACCAGCACAGCAGACACGAACGUUGUGACUUCUGUCAGUAGUAAUAAAAUGUCGACCAGCACCAGCAGCUCGAGCAAAUCCCGUACCAAAAUGGAACCUCCAACUAGUAAAUCAUCAGCUCCGUCGACAUCAAACGCUUCAAGCCUACCAACAACGACACCCUUCCCCUUCUUCUUCCCGAAUCCAAGCCUCUUGUACACUCCGCUAGGACUCGGGGGACUUAAUCCCUUCUCGAUGCAACCCGGAAGUGUCUCCUCUGCUUACGAAAGCCUCGCACAAUGCGGUCUCCUCAAUCCACCCACGUCGAGUGCCUCGACUUCCUCCCGAAAGUCCACAUCGGCCUCGACUUCCAGUUCCAGGCGAGACCCUAUCGAGUCUAUGAAACGCAAGGAGGCAGAAAAGAAAUCUAGGUAUCCCACCGACCUUGGCAUCAAUCUGCAGCAAUUUGCGGAAAGUCAGCACAACGAGGAGAGAAGAAGAAGUGAAUCUGCUCAAGAAAAAAGGGAUCAAGAGAGACGAGAAGCCACGGAGUUGAGCGAGAUUGCAGAUCUCUCUGCGAGAAUCGAGCGCAAAAGUAAGGAGCAGGAAAUGAAGGAAGCUCUUGAACAACUGAGUAGAACCAGCGCCGAACUUUUGACGAGAAAUCUUGAGGAAAUACAGCGACCUACGAAGAGAGGCCGCAGCUCCGAUCGUCAAGCUCCUGAGCCUCCCCAAAUUCAUCAACCUCAGUUUCCCGCUGCUUUGGAAGUGACUCUCGAGCCUGUUUUGAAAAAGUCGAAACCUGAAGCGAAGACUGAAGUGAAGUCCUUGGAGAAGAGUGAAGUUAAAAGUCCGGAGCAAAGUCCCGAGGUUAAACCUUUGUCAAAAACCCCUGUUACGAAAGCUGAAUCGAAAGUUUUAGAGGUCGAAACUAGCUCGAAAGAACCGGAGGUAGAAGCUCCCCCAAAAGCUGUUACUCCACCUCCUGUUCGCGAACCAUCGCCUCCACCAGCUCCAGAACCUGUGAAGCCACAAGAAGAGCCUAAGGAACAACCUCAAGAAGAAAAGAGUUCAAAGAAGAGUUCUGCCAGCAAAGAGCAACUUGCUGAAAGUUCCAAGCCCGACAGUCAUAAACCUGAAACGCAGAAGUCUGAAAGUCAGAAAGCUGAACCUCAGAAGUCUUCUGAGAAACCGCAAGAGGCCGUCGAGGAAGAGACAAAAUGUCCGAAGACAAAGAAACCUCGUGGUGGAAAACGAUUGAGUGUUGAGCCACCUCCAGAGAGGAAGAAUCUUCGCUCUAGUGCCGGAAGACAAGCGAGAGCUGCUGCCGAGAGGCAGGCAAGGAUGGAAGGUGAGCAGCACGCUGAUCAUCAUGAAAGUCACGGGUCGGGCGAGUGAGGACACGAGAAAAUUAAGAGUGAAAACGCGAGUGCACAACGUAAUUCUGUUCCGCCCAGAAACUGUGCUGGCAAAGUUCAGAAGGUGGUUGCCCGUCGUUCGCGACGAACGAGGAACUCUAGCGCUUAGAGAAAGUCUCGAUCGACAUAUUGAUUAUAGUGAAAUUGAUUAUUUAAAGAGUGACACUAUGCAGGAAUCGACAAUUGGUAGAACUAAGGAAAUUUAAACGUGAUAAGUCAUGCGAGGGAUGCGAUCUUUUUGUCGUAAACCUGUUGCGUGAUGAUGAGUUCUUAAUUACAUAUAACGUUGUAAUGAUGAAAUAUAAUUUUGUUAAAUUUACUAUCCUUUUCGAUCGCAUUGGUUUCGACCAGGGACUGUUUUAUAUAACUGAUUUAUUAUUAUUAUUAUAUUAUAUAAUAUACGCAUAAUACUGUAAUCAUAGUGCGAACACGUAAAUCAAGUAAUAACUUAAUAAACGAAAGUGUACAUAUUUUACGAUCCUAAGUAUCAUAAGUAAAUCGUGUACUUGGAAAAAGUGUAUAUAAUGCAGUGUACUUUUAAUUAUAUACUAGGUGAAAUAAUAAACGGCUUCUUUUGUUGUUUGCAAGUGGUUUCGUUACUCUUUUGUGUUGGAGCGAGGUUUAAGUUUGCGAAAAGUGACUUUUUUCUUGAAAAUGAAGGAAAGUGUGAUGUUAAAGUGGAUCUAAGGCGGCUGAUUGUAGAGAGGAACAUGAUAGUGCUUUUUCUCAAAAUUGACGAAGCAUUUGUGGAGCGUUGGAAGGUGAAAAAUUAGGUUUUCGACUUGAGGAGCUGGCGUGAAAAUGUAUUGACGAAAAAAACGUUUCUCUGAAAUAUUCGACUAGAGUUUUGAGACAUUUCAAGACCUGGUUGUAUAUAGUGUCAAUUGUACAUGUAAGAUUCUGUUAAAAAUUAAUUUUUUUAAUACGCUUGGCUGUGUUUGAAAAUUCAGCGUUUUAUUUCAAUUUAUUAAUUUUGAUGUAUAGAAGUCUCGGUUGUGAUUUGAGGAAAUAAAUACCGAAGAAUUUAAAGAAUUUGUAAUUAACCUUAAGACGAGAGUCGUUGAAAUUGGUGAUUAAAGGAAAGAGUAGAUGUAGAGUGGAAAUGUAACUUUCUGAAGUUUGUAGUGUUCUAAUGAACAUGCAUUUCUUAAAAAUAAAAAUGAUUUCAAGUUCA